AUGUACGUAUCUCUGAUGGGAUUUAGUAAUCCUUAUUCAAGCGUUUCAUUAACUCGGAACGCUCGCGAGAUUUUGUCGGUCUCUCCACCAUUUUUUUCCGGCUACAGCUCGUGGGAUAAAGUAGCCAAAAUGAGCGGGCAGAUAAUACUGAGGCGCCUAGUCAACAAUAUACGAUGGCAGCAAGUGCGGUCUUGUUCCGCUGUAGCAAAGAUUCAUGAAGUUAAAAUCUAUCCCAUGGAACAGAUGAGCCUAGAAGCAAAAAAUCAUCAUUAUCCUACUAUUGGUGAUCGAGACAUCACAGGACACGGAGUUGGAAAUGAUUGCGGCUACCUUGAUGACCAUGAAUGGCCUUGCCCUGGUGUACGCUUUAAGGCUAACACUCCCGAGAUUCUGGCCCUGAGGACGAAGGAAGAAAGUGACUGGAGUUCACUCACCUUAGAGGAGAAAAAAUUCUUGUACCGAGCCUCCUAUGCCCAUACAUUUGAGGAAAUGCAGGCACCUACCGGAGAACUGAAGAGACAAAUCAUAAUAUUCUUAUUUGGAUGUGUUAUGACACAAGUAUUCUUGUGGUUUCAAGAUCAUGUCAUUCUACCACGUCCAUCUGCAAUGUUAAACAAAGGAGGAAUGGAGGCUAUAUUGCAGACUCUUGUCAGAACCAGAGAUGGAAUUAUGUUUGGUAUCUCUAGUCGAUAUGAUUAUAAAAAGGGAGAAUACAAACCUGGCAUGGAACCAAAGGGUAGUAACAAAUAGAAAGUAUUGUAAAUUAAGAACAUUUGAAGGUUUUGUGGAUCCAGUUAAAAAGUGUGAAUUUGAAGAUUUUUACAAAGACAAUGUAAAUAACACAAGUUUUCCUCGGGAUCUGUUUUAUUGUACACAGUGUUUGUUUUGUAACUGUGUUGAUAAAAUAUGUGAUAAGAUAAA